AUGUCAAGCGACAAUGCUGUCCAACAAACAAACGGUGUCUCCCGGGCGUCUCCUAGCCAGGGCCAUCAUUGGGACCACCAGAACCAUAAUCACACGCCUCCUUCACCGACCGCCGGCUCGAGAGAGCGGUCGCCCUCCGACACCGCUACCUCUUCCUUUCCUUUGAACGAUAUAGACUACGAGUCCAGUGCAGCUGGGCUGGCGCAAGAGCUGAGCAAUCUACAAGCAUUGAGGCGCAUGUCGAUGCAUGUGGGCGCCACAGAUGAUCCGGACCUGCCUCAGAUUAACGCAGCAGGCAUGCCGAGUGCGCCUAGCCCUGCGUCCAGCGAAGAUGACUCGUCCAGGUUAUUCUGGGUUCCGGCUCGACUACACCCAGAACUCGCGCCAAAGGAAUUUAAGACGUUUCUGGAGAGCAAGGCGGAGCAAAUCCGAAGACGGUCCGGUGAACUAUCUGCAUUCACAAGUCCGACAUCUUCGAGGUCGAGUUCACUCAGUACUGAUGGAGGGAGCAGUGGUCUGCGCAGGAAGAAGUCGAUGCUCUCUCGUCAAAUCGACAGUUCUGUGGGUUAUCAAGAUGGAGCGGACCGUUUGGAGCGCAAGAGAUCACUUUCGCGAAGAACGAACCCACAGGACCCAAACCUGCAAGAGCUGGAAAACCUGGUUUCAAAUACUGCGGCUUUGUCAAGGACAAGCUUGGAUCCUUCAUCCGAAGAUGAUACUGGGGAUAUCAUUCUGCCUUCAGUGCCUGGAAACAGCCUGAAAAGGUCGACACGGACCACUUACCGACGAGGCGGGAGUGUCAAGGUCAGAGGAGAUCGUGGGACUUAUGCUCAACGCGCGGCAAGACGAGCCGCAGCUGGGAGUCCUUCGGAGAGCAGGCCCGAAUCACCCGAAGCCCAUGUUCCAGCCAUCCCUCCGCUGCCAAACCUUUCCAUGGAUGUGCCGAACCUGGCGCAAACACUGAAAGACCCCUCGUAUACACCCAGCGUAGCCAAGGCUCUACCCACGAAUUUCUCGAGACCGGCUGCUUCAUCUUCAGCAAGUCCAAGCUCCUCUGUACCGACUACUCUGGACUCUGUAUUCGGGCCUGAUGAUUCAAGACGGACAAGCACAGCGAGCAUGCCAGACAUGCGAAAGUCCCCACCUCCACCAAAGUCGCCGCCCUCGACAAUCACAUCCUUCGAGCGCAAGCCUGCACCUGUACCACAGAUAGUGGAAACUCCACCACCACCGGAAAGCCCCCAGAUAGCUGUUCAGCCGCCGCGCUCCUCAUCGAUGGCCUCUCCUACCGUGCAGCAACCAAUGCGCCAUCCGGAACGAGUAUCCUCGCGCGAAGAUACCAGGAGCAGGGCUCAAUCACCGCAAAGGCCGCCCCUGCCUUCCAAGGGCUCCUUGCCCUCAAUCGCUCCACGAUCGCCAUCACCAAACACGAUGCCUCCUCCGAACAGACCGUCACUCAGCCUUGAACAACCAUCACCUCUGCCUGGCAACGACACAAAUACAAGUAAUCUGUCCUUUAUUCCAACUUUGACCGUUGACAAGCGAGCCGAUCACAAAAAGAAGGAAGAGACUAAGAAGUCUGGCUGGAGUUGGCUUCUGGGCAAAGAAGACAGCGACAAGGAGAAGCCGGAGAAGCCUAAGGCUAAAAUCUUGAAACCGCCUCAAACGCACGACAAUACCCGCCUUGACGUGCUCCAGACAUCCAUCGACGGCGGUGGCAAGGGGCGAGAAAGUCUGGUCCUGGAUCGCGAGCACCUGAAGUUCGACGAGGAGCGCAAGAAGGAAAGCCAACGUAAAGCAUCAGGCAGCGACAAAAAGGAGAAAGAGGGUCUAUUUUCCUCCAUCUUUGGAGGCAAGAAGGCCAAGGGGGACAAAGACAGCUCGAAAAAGCAUCGCGACCGAGGGCUUUCACCCGAGCCGCCAUAUCGAGAACUGAAACCCGACAUUGAUUAUAACUGGACGCGAUUUUCAAUCCUUGAAGAACGAGCCAUUUACCGCAUGGCGCACAUCAAGCUCGCCAACCCUCGCCGAGCACUAUAUUCGCAGGUGCUGCUCAGUAAUUUCAUGUACAGUUAUUUGGCGAAAGUCCAGCAGAUGCACCCACAGAUGAAUCUACCCACGAGUGCGAAGCAACAACGAAAGCAGCAGCAGAAGGACCAGCCUCAUCAGCCGGAUGAGUAUGUCCAGUACCAGCGGUAUCAACAGCAACAGGCCCAGCAACAACAGCAGCCACCGGUCGAGCAACAAUAUGCCGCUCAACAGGACAUGGGCAAUGAUACGUCUGGGUACGAGUUCGAUGCUGGAGUUUCGCGGCCUAGCUCUCGAGGAAGCAAGCAAUCGGUGGAAAGCAGUGGAUCACAUGGGGGCAGUGCGGCUGGGUACAACCAACAACACUAUCAGGCGAAUCCACAAGCACAGCAGCACGAAGAUGAUGAUGACAUGUGGUGA